UUUAAAAUAUAUGGUGCUUUUAAUUGCUUAUUCCAUAGCUUUAAUUUACUUAUAUAUAAAGAAUCAGCUUGUUGGUAGUGUUGUAGCAAUGCAUUUCCUAAUGGUGCUUUUAAUUACUAUAAUUGUACCAACAUCUGGACAAAGAUCCGAAAAUCAGUGGCACCUGUAUUCUGAGAAACUUUACUCCAUGCCGUGGUAUACAUGGAAUACCAAAAAUUGCAACACAUUGUUAUUAAUGAUGGCAAAAUCUAAAAACGAUAUAAUUUGGAGCAUUAUUAAUAAAACCGCCAUUAAUUAUGACUUAUUAGUCGGGAUCUGGAAAAUAUUUUACUUUUUCAUCAAUGCCUUAUUGAAGUCCAAAAAAUUUUUCUAAAAUACAUUUAUUACAUAUUUAUAAUAAUUAGUAUGGUAAUAGCAAAACAAUGUCCGAUGCACGUGAUCAACUUUGAG